AUGAACGAGCCAUCAGUGUCCAAGUCGCUGGCCGGCUCAAUUGAUGAUGUUGUUCCCAAUCUAUUGGGGUCCAUUCUGCAGGGGGCCAAUGGGGCCUCGGUGGCGCCCAUGAUGGACCAGAUGUUAGAUUCGGUAGCCAGGCGAGCUUCAGCGCCUUCGGCCCGAACUGCAUCGCUAGCUGGCUCGCCCCAGGGUGGUGGCGACGGGGCGGAGGUGGAGAGAGUCGAGCAGAUGGUGAGAUGCAUGAUGGAGACGCAACUGGAGGAGUCCAGGAGGCAGCUUCACGAGUUCUCCCUGCGCGUGCGGGCUGAGCUGUCCGAGGCACUCCCAGCUGGCGCAUCUGCAACCGUCCGUGGGCGAUCUCCUGGGCCGCCGCUGCGCCGGCACGGUCGGCAGUGCGAGAGGAGCGAUCGCAUCGUUCGCCGUCAUGGCCGCAGCGGAGACACGCCUGCGGACAGGGCACCUGCUGCUUCCUCGCCCGGGCCGGCGGCACAGCCGACCUCGCCAGGCCUCCUGGUGCGGAUCGCUCCGCCUGCGAGCCCGAUCAACUACGGCAUACUCGAGGACAUCAUCGAUGCUGACGAGGCAGAGGAGGUACACGACUACAUUAUGACCCAGCUCUUCCGUGGACAAGCAAUCCAUUGA